AGCGUUCUCAACAUGAAAAAAAUUAAUGUCUGACAAAUUAUGAUAGACAUUUUUCAGAUGAUCGCAUGAUGUUUCCAAUAAGGUUUUAUUUUUCAAAAAUAACUUCAACAAGGUUCCACUUAGACUAGCACAUGCACACUCGGAGUCAAAGUUGCUGUAGCAAUAAAAUACCAAAAAUGAUGAUCGAGGGAUGUCAGUUGUUUUAUUCAGGGCAUUUGGUGGUCUUUAUUUCCAUUGUUCAACGCACUAAUUGUUAUUUUGGAAUGCCUGAAAUGGUCUGUAAAGUGUAUAUAAACUUGCUAUAAAAAGUGAGUCGUCUUUCUUGGUCUACAUUUUCAAUAUGUUAUCUGUAUAAAUGAAAUGUCUGGUCUGGAAAUAUGCUCGCUUAAAUCUUUUUCGCGUUUCAAUUGCUGUUGGGCUUUAGUGUGAUUGUACUCCCUCGGCCACCGUAGUGCAGACACGUGUGAAGCUGUUUGCUAUGUUCUGUUCCUCUGUUGUAAGCUUGUAAAAUACUGCUUAAAUACACACUAACGGCGUCGUACGUUGCAUGCCUCCCGUAGUUGACGUGUUCCCGUGUCAUUUAGCGAUGAAGGAUCUGUUAUCAUGAGCGACAGCGACGAUGAUGUGCCUCAGCUCUCCGCGGCGACCCUCGCAGCGCUGCAAGAGUUUUAUGCCGAGAGUGGAAGGACGGGACUGGAACAAAACUCCACCAAGACCGACAAGUUCUGUGUUGGUGCUGUAGAGGAAGACUGGCGCAUGAGUCAGUUCUGGUACAGUGAAGACACGGCCACACGGUUAGCAGAGGAAGUCAUGCAGCAGGCUGGAGAACAUGGCAGGAUAGCUUGUAUAAGUGCACCAAGUGUGUAUCAGAAGCUGAAACAGUUGGAAUCCAUGAGGUCGGACAGUGUGUCUGCUGUUUUGCUGGAGUUUGACAGACGCUUCGCAGCAUAUGGAGAUGAGUUUGUGUUUUAUGAUUACAACAACCCUCUGUGCCUGCCUGAGGGUCUGCUUCCUCAGAGCUUUGACAUCGUCAUCGCAGAUCCUCCAUACCUGUCUGAAGAGUGUCUCGGCAAGGUGGCGCUCACCAUUAAAUACCUCACUAAGGGAAAAAUUCUGCUCUGCACAGGAGCUAUUAUGGAGGAGCCUUCUGGGAAACUUAUGGAUCUGAAGAUAUGCAGUUUUUUACCAAAACACAAUCACAAUCUGGCCAAUGAGUUCCGCUGCUAUGUUAACUAUGAAUCAAGCCUUCUCUCAUGAAAAAAGCUUCCAAUCUGCCAACAUUUGAACAUUGUUUUUUUCCCAUGAAACAUCAGAUGAUCAUGUGGAACAAUAAAUACUCUCACUCCAAAUGGUUCAUAGCAAGAUCCAGAUAUUAGAGCGGAGGAUUUGGCCCUUCAUCAGAGAUCGGUGAUCAGUCUUUGAUUAUGCUUUGGCUGACUUGCAUUGUCAAUUGCACACCCAGCUUUCAGGCAUAACAAUUUCAGACAGCUUAACUUUGUUUCAAUGCAUAAAAUGGGCUAGAAGUGAAUGUUUGAAAUGCGUUUAUAUAUAUUAUACAAUACACUAGACUUUUGCGUUAUCAGUGGUGUUGUUGGUGGUUUGAAUAAAGUAAUCAUAGGAGAACUGACAAAGUCAAGCUAAAUAAUAUGUCCUCUUGUAAAUGAUAUCCAUGCAUGCUUGCCUUUAACAGAAGCAUUUCUAGUGAUCUUCUGUAUACUUGAAAACAGUUGAACUACAUUAGUUUAUUUAAAACCAUGAUGCUGAUGGGCUUUUCCCAAGUACUUUGGAUUAGAAAAUAUUUGUAUUUUGGCACAGUAAGUU